GUGGCAUUCCGCGACGCCCGUUUCAGUCUUCGCGCGACGUUCCGGACCGCAAGUGAUAAUCGUUGCUCGUAGUCGACCGAUGGAUCUGAAAUCGUCCGAGAAUUCGGACCAUUCGCCGCGAAAUCGCAGAGUCAUGAAGAUCCUGCUGACGAUAGCCUGCCUGGUCGCGGUCGUCGCGACUUUAGAGGAUGAUAGUCUUCAAGUCACCGAACAGGUAUACUUCGACGUGAUGAUAGACGAUCAUCCGGUUGGUCGAAUCGUGGUAGGCUUGUUCGGUGACGUUGCUCCCAAAACCGUGAAAAAUUUCGUAACUCUGGCUACCACUGGUGUGGCUGGGAAAACGUACAAAGGUAGCAGAUUCCACCGGGUGAUCAGGAAGUUUAUGAUUCAAGGUGGAGACGUCGAGAACGGUGACGGCAGUGGAUCGAUCAGCAUCUACGGUAAAUAUUUCGAGGACGAGAAUUUCGACAUUGGCCACAACGGACCUAUGUUCGUGAGCAUGGCGAACGCCGGGAAGAACACGAACGGCUGCCAGUUCUUCAUCACGACGAUCCCUACGCCGUGGUUGGACGGAAAGCACACGGUGUUCGGAAAGAUCGUUACUGGCCAGGACGUGGUCUUCAAGAUCGAGCAAACGAAGACAGACGCUGACGAUGUGCCGGUCAAACCUGUCGUUAUUUUCGACUGCGGCACGAUCCCUACGUCAUCGCCCUUUACAGUAGCUGACAACAGUUACAAUCUCUGGGCAUGGGCGAAAGCAACAUGCAUACCCUUGAGUUUUAGCUUCUCGAUACUCGGCUUCUUUCACUAUAUGAUGAAGCAGUUGGACGUGUAAUCGGUACAAAUUUUUAAUUUACACGUUAUACUUCCGACGAGGGAAAUGUUCCGAGGCGCGGAUACGGUUGCAGCUCGAAGGAGUUGCUCUGUCGAUGAGGCAGAAUUUAUAACACGAAGAAUCAACCGCACUACAAGCGACAUCUAAUACCGUAUCGAACGACUACCUAUCAAACUAUAUUAACAAAAAGUCUACAGCACUAUUUUCUAACUAUUGCAUGAAAAAAUGGAAUGCAUAUAAUAGAUAACCAAAUCUGUUUAUGGAAAUGAAUCCUCGUGUUGCUAUUAGUAUCUAACAGUGUAAUGUUUGUAUUUACCGCAAAUGGGUGAAUAAUCACAGUAUAAUGUA